AUGCUCAGCGCCGCAAUCCGGAAGCGUGUUCUCACCCCAACCUACAAUGCCCUGCGCACCGGCUUUGCACCCCAUGUCGUGAGGUACUAUGCGUCCUUUCCAGAUCACCAAGUUGUUAAAAUGCCCGCAUUGUCACCCACAAUGCAAGCCGGCAAUAUAGGUGCUUGGCAAAAGAAAGCAGGUGAUUCCAUCGCUCCUGGAGAUGUCCUGGUGGAGAUUGAGACCGAUAAGGCUCAGAUGGACUUUGAGUUCCAAGAAGAAGGCGUAAUUGCCAAAAUUCUCAAAGAAUCUGGUGAGAAAGACGUCCCCGUCGGCAGCCCCAUUGCCAUUCUUGUCGAAGAAGGAGCCGAUGUCGCUGCUUUCGAAAAGUUCACCUUGGAGGACGCUGGCGGCAAUGCGCAGCCUGCCGCUCAGCCCAAGAAAGAAAAGCAAGAGACGAAAGACGAUUCGCCGCCUGCACCCGAACCUUCUGCUGAACCAGAACAGUACUCCUCAUCUCAAGGCAAGCUGGAAACUGCCCUGGACCGAGAACCCAACGCUGCCCCUGCUGCCAAGAGACUCGCCCGCGAGAAUAAUCUCAGCCUCGACGGCGUCAAGGGCACGGGAAAGGCGGGGAAGAUUACCGAAGAAGAUGUAAAGAAGCUCAUCAGCAGCCCUGCUGUGGCGACGCCGGGUGCCACGUACGAAGACAUUCCCCUCAGCAGCAUGCGCAAAACCAUUGCAAACCGCCUCCAGGAAUCGGUCCAGAAGAACCCGCACUUCUUUGUCACCAGCUCUCUCUCCGUCACCAAGCUUCUCAAGCUUCGACAGGCCCUGAACAGCUCAGCCGACGGAAAGUACAAGCUAUCAGUCAACGACUUCCUCAUCAAGGCUAUCGCCACUGCCUGCAAAAAAGUUCCCGCGGUCAACUCGAGCUGGCGCGAUGGCUCCAUCCGCCAGUUCAACACGGUGGACGUGUCGGUUGCCGUCUCUACUCCUACUGGGUUGAUCACUCCCAUUGUCACGGGAGUCGAUGCUCGCGGCCUCGAGUCCAUUUCCGGAAAGGUCAAGGAACUAGCCAAGAAGGCUCGCGACAACAAGCUCAAACCCGAGGAAUACCAGGGCGGCACAAUCUCCAUCUCCAACAUGGGCAUGAACACUGCCGUGGACCAUUUCACCGCCGUCAUCAACCCUCCUCAAGCCGCCAUUCUUGCCGUUGGAACUACCAAGAAAGUCGCGGUACCUGUCGAGAACGAAGACGGCACUACUGACGUGGAAUGGGAUGACCAGAUUACUGUAACGGCCAGCUUUGACCACAAAGUUGUCGACGGUGCCGUGGGUGCGGAGUGGAUCCGCGAGCUCAAGAAGGUCAUCGAGAACCCUCUUGAGCUCCUCCUGUAG